AUGGUUCUUCCUGUCGUCAAUCCCAAUGAUGAAUCUGGAGCAGCCUCUUACGUCUCUUGGCUCCUGAAUGAAUUACGUACCGGACAAAGGUGUCGACUUCUCAGUCGGAGCCCCGAAGAUUACGGAACAUAUGCGGAAGUGCGCAAUCCGCUCUUUGCCCUAGGCUGGCUGGAAAUUAAAACUACACUUCACUCACAAACACAGAACUCAUCUCUGCAGCUUUGGAGUCGAUAUGACGUCCCCGUCUCAAAGGUCGCCACUGUUCAGCAGGCGUCAAUGGACAAGCUUUUCCGGCUGAAAUGUGACGGCCCCUAUUUUAACAAGGGUAAGGAGAAGAUGACCACGUUCGUCAUAGACCAGGCCGCCAGUCACAGCGUGUGGCGUGCUCUCAACCUACAUGUCCUUGGCAACGCAAUUACAUGGCCUGAAUCAACCGAAUACUUCAUCCCUUCCAACGAUUUCAUCGGAAUAGUACGAACCGUUCGCGACAAAGCCCAUAUGAUGGAGAUUGCUGCCCUCUCACACAUUUAUUUGUUGACAACAAAACAAAAGGAAAACACGGCUCGUAUGUUGGGAUUUGAACGUCGAGCGGUAUAG